ACUUUUACUUUCACGCGUUCAAAACAUUUGGACCUCGUUUGACAGAGAAGUCACAAGACAAGCUGAUAGUUAAACAAUGUUCAUGUAAUUACGCUACGUUAAGACGCCGUCAGAGGAGUAAGGAAGGUUAUGUUUUUCGUUCUUCUUCUCGCUAACUUCUGUUUACCUGUGACCCCGCGGUGAAAUCACUCGUUAGUCUGAGGGUUAGCUUGACUAGCCGAUUACGAGUUGGUGUUCAGCAUCAUCAUCGUCAUCAUCAUCGGGUCAGAGAAACGCAUGCUGAGCUGAGCAGAUGCCUCGUCUGGAAAAGUCAAAAGGCAGAAGGUCAAAAAGACCAAAAUUGGACUGGAAGUUUGUUCAGAGGUUCUGCAACAUCCAGAAGGUCCUGUUUCCAUCAUGGAGCAGUCAAAGUGUGCUGAUGUUUGGGACGCUGCUUGCUGUCACACUGACAGAGCAGCUGAUCAUUUACCAGGUGGGUGUUCUCCCCAGUCACUUCUACAAUGUGCUGGCAGACAAAGAUUACUCGGGCUUCAGCAGCCUGGUGGGCACAGCCAUCGUCCUCAUCUUACUCAACUCCACACUGAAAAGUCUCGACCAGUACAUUUGCAAUCGGAUGUAUGUCAGCUGGAGGAAGACACUUACCGAGAGUCUCCAUACGGCUUAUUUCCAGGGCCGAGUCUAUUACACGAUUAAUGUUUUAAGAGAGGACAUAGACAACCCAGACCAGCGGAUCAGUCAGGAUGCAGAGAGGCUGUGUAAGCAGAUGAGCACCAUGGCUAGUCGCUUGAUCAUCUCACCAUUCACACUGACUUACUACUCGUACCACUGCUUUUACAGCACUGGCUGGAUUGGUCCUGUGAGCAUCUUUGGCUACUUUGUGAUUGGGACCAUUGCCAAUAAAAUCCUCAUGGGGCCGAUUGUGUCAACUCUGUUUGAGCAAGAAAAACUGGAGGGAGACUUCAGAUUUAAGCACAUGCAAAUCCGUGUCAACGCAGAGUCGGCAGCUUUUUACAGAGCUGGUAAAGUGGAGCACAUGAGGACCAAUCGAAGACUGCAGGCGCUGUUACAAACACAAACAAGUCUGAUAAAUAAAGAACUGUGGCUCUAUAUCGGAGUGAACACGUUCGAUUACCUCGGAGGAUUUCUCAGCUACAUUAUAAUCGCUAUUCCCAUCUUCACUGGUAUCUAUGAUGGCCUCAGUCCUGGUGAGCUCAGUGCUCUCAUCAGUAAGGUGAGCGUUUUUCCUGGUGGUAAUCUUGAACUCGGAGAUUGUAGCUUUUUGACAAACAAACAAAACGAGCUCUAGUUACUUCACCCCAUG